UUAAUACAUGUCGUCUGCUGUUUUCUAACCGGAAUGCAACACUCUUCGUACCUUUUUUAAAAAAUAAGAAAAAUUACACGGACACGUGUGGCUGUCGGCGAGAAUGAAGUGCAAGAGUUAGGAAAAAAAUGGAUAUUUCCUAAGGCAAUGACAUCAAAACGCAACGUCGAUAGCUAGAUCUUGGAAGCUCCAGAUGUUAAGGAAUAACAGCAUGUGAUCCAGAAGAAUGCAUUCAUCAAGCGGGGAAAGCAAACAGUGGGACUGGGACUGCUCCAGUAGCCGGGCCCAGCUGGAUGAGAUAUUUUUUAGAGAGCAGGAUUACAUACAGGCAGGCAGUGAGGAGCACAAGGAAUUUUGGAAAUUCUUGGAAAGGUUUAAGAAAUUUCAAGAGAAGAAGGAAGUUGCUAGUGCAAUCCAAGGACUUGGUGUGGAAAGAGACAAUGACAAAAGACACCACAAAGACAAAAGCAAACCCCCUGCUUGUAAUCUUGGGUUGCCAAAAGAGUAUGAUGCCAGAUAUCGCAUUAACAUCUCCGUAUAUUCUAAGGACUUGGAGGAAAGAAGUCGACAUCAGAGGAGAGAGAGGACUGGUCCAAGUAAAGAGGCGAUCUCAACUUGUAGGACAGCUCUCCUCCAUUUCCUUGACUUCCGGCAGAAGCAGAGUUUCAGCAAACUUGCCAAGCUUCACAAAGACCAGAAGAACUUGCCUAUUUUUCAAUAUCGAGACAAGAUUGUAGAAAUGGUGAGAGCUCAUCCAGUAGUGGUGGUGGCUGGAGACACAGGCUGUGGAAAAUCUACCCAAGUGCCCCAGUAUCUGCUCGCCGCCGGCUUCAGCCAUAUUGGGUGCACUCAGCCUCGACGCAUCGCAUGUAUCUCUUUGGCAAAAAGGGUCAGCUAUGAAAGCCUGAAUCAGUACGGGUCCAAGGUUGGAUAUCAGAUCAGGUUCGAGUCCACCCGAACCACAGCCACCAAGAUGGUUUUUCUCACAGAGGGCCUCCUCCUGAGGCAGAUCCAGCAAGAGCCAAGUCUGCCACAAUACCAGGUGAUCAUCGUGGAUGAGGUGCAUGAGAGGCAUCUGCACUGUGACUUCCUGCUGGGAGUUCUGCGCAGUUUACUUUCCCUACGUGACGACCUCAAGGUCAUCCUCAUGUCUGCCACAAUUAACAUCAAACUCUUCUCGGAGUACUUCAGUGGUGCCCCCGUCAUCCAGGUUCCGGGCAGGCUCUUCCCAAUACAGGUUAUUUAUCAACCCAUACCACAAGAGGAGCAGCCCUCUCGUUCUGAGAAAAUGGAUCCUAGACCCUAUCUGCGGAUCCUGCAGGGAAUUGACCACAAGUACCCAGCAGAUGAACGUGGAGACCUGCUCCUCUUCCUUAGUGGUGUCUCUGAGAUCGCUACCAUUAUGGAGGCCGUGCAGACGUAUGCCACGCACACAAAGCGCUGGAUUGCCCUUCCGCUCCACAGUACCCUCUCUGUGGCUGACCAAGAUCGGGUGUUUGAUAUAGCUCCUGCUGGCAUUCGAAAAUGCAUCAUUUCAACCAACAUCGCAGAAACAUCAGUUACCAUCGAUGGAGUCAGAUUUGUUGUUGAUUCAGGAAAGGUGAAGGAGAUGAGCUUUGACCCCAAAGCAAAAAUGCAGCGCUUGCAGGAGUUCUGGAUCAGCCGAGCCAGUGCAGAACAGCGGAAGGGCCGUGCUGGACGAACUGGACCAGGAGUCUGCUACCGGCUGUAUGCCGAGUCGGAUUAUGAGGCCUUUGCUCCUUACCCCGUACCGGAAAUUCAAAGGGUUGCUUUAGACUCUCUAGUCCUGCAGAUGAAAAGCAUGCACCUCGGAGACCCUCGGACAUUUCCCUUUAUAAACCCUCCUCCGGCUGCCAGCAUUGAGAAUGCUCUGCAUUAUUUACGAGAUCAGGGAGCUCUGGACAGUCAGGGGGAACUUACACCCAUCGGAAGCCUGCUUGCACAGCUGCCUGUUGAUGUUGUGAUAGGUAAAAUGCUCGUCCUAGGCUGCCUCUUCAGGCUGGUGGAGCCGGUGCUUACCAUAGCUGCGGCUCUGAGUGUCCAGUCGCCUUUCCUGAGAAGUGCUCAGAAUAAUCCCGACUGCUCCACGGCCCGAAAGCCUCUGGAGAGCACCCAGGGAGACCCCUUCACCCUUCUGAAUGCCUUCAAUGCUUGGGUUCAGAUCAAAUCUGAGAGGGGUGGUGCAUCUCGUAAGUGGUGUCGGCGGCGUGGUCUGGAGGAGCAGCGUUUAUACGAAAUGGUCAACCUACGACGACAGUUCAAGGAGCUGCUGCAGAGUCAUGGCCUGAUUGAAACCGACGAGAGGUCAGCCACAACUUCGCGUGAUGCCCACCAACGUCGUGAGAAGCGCAGCGAGCGCAAGAGGCUCCAUCAAUUAAAGUAUGAACACGAUACGCAUGAGCGCAGCAAGCGUAAAGUGCUGAAACUGGAGUCUGAGGAGAUGAUCUCCUCUAGCGAUGAGGAGGGGGACCGACACCGUGACAGGCGCUCAGGGGUCCAGCAAGGCAGCAAAAGUGUUGACAUCCAGGAUGUGAAGUUUAAGCUGCGUCACAGUGUGGAGGAAUUACGAGAAGCAGUGAGUGCAAGUGACGACUUGUCCCGCCGGCAGCAGGCCCUUCUGAAGCUGGUUUUAUGUCGAGGGCUGUACCCACAGCUGGCACUACCCGACGAACACAACGCCAACCGCAAGGAUUCAGAUCAGAUUUUUCACACACGGACUAAGCAGGGCGUGGUGCUCCAUCCAACCAGCGUGUUCUCCAACAGCCCAGAGGUGCUGCAUAAUGAGGAGCUGGAGACCCAGGAGCAAGGCUCCAACAAAGAGGAGAGCAGUAAGCAUCAGAUGCUGGCCUUCGUGACGCUGCUUGAAACCAACAAGCCCUACAUUGGGAACUGCGUCCGCUUUCCAGCUCUGCAGACCCUGCUCCUCGUAGGCAGCUCGCUAGACACCAAUGCUGACUGUUCUCGGGUGGUCGUCGACAGUUGGCUGCAGUUGCACGUCAGUGACAGUGAGGAGGCGCUCCGGACCCUGUCUUUGGCCCUGCAGUUGCGGAAGGACUGGGAGCAGCUACUUAACAGGCAGCUGGGGGCUCGACAGCAGCAUGGCGGGGAGAUGGCAGCGGUCAACAAGAAGGACGUGUCCAAGUUGACGGACUCGCUUGUGCGUUUCCUACUCUACACUGAGGUGAAGUACGGCCUGAAGCGCCUCACCAGCCUGGAGAUGCAGAACCUGUACGUCGGACCCCAGUCUGGGAGUGACCUGCUCUCCCUGGGCAGCCUGUUCCCUGGCUGUGAAACCUGGCCAGACCCUGUCAAGGGGGGCUUGAUUGUCACCAGCUUCUUCACUUACAACUGCCUUUGUGACUCGAGGGACCUCUACAGUAACUGCCUGCGCAGCUUCUGGACGUGUCCACACUGCGAUCUCUACAUGCCGUUGACACCACUGGAGCGCAUGCAGCACGAGACCACCUGUCGACCCCCAGGAGAAGCACAAACCAAAGAGGAGGAGGAGGAAGGAGUCCCACCUGGAAAAAGCAGCGCAGCCUCCGCCCUCCAGCGAGACUACCAUUGUGAUGUCUGCAAUCGGGACUUGAAGCUGACCUCCAUAGAGAUACUGAAGCACAAGAGGCAGCAUCGGUGAGCAGAAGAGGUGGGCACAGCAAGGUGCCCAAGCAACCCAACA